CAGCACUAGACGAAGCAAGACGUGUCCUCAGGAAUAGAUUCUAUCAGCAGAUAUGGCAUCAGCUAAAUCUACUAAAGAUUUUCUGUUGGUAGCUGAAGACUACCUUAGUCGUGGUCAGGUGUAUAGACCGGCAGGAGAGUUUGUCAAGAAACUGGCAUUGUGUCCAAGUUGUUGUGGGGAAAAAAAGGAAGUGGAGCUUUUAUUGGGAGUGGUCAGCCGGAUGGUAGCUCUGGUGAAAUAACAGUCAAACAAGCCUGGACGGCGGAACGUAAAGCCUAACACCGCUUGGCUGAAGGAAACUGCACAGUCACUAGAGACGUACCAGCUGGUCGGCCGUGAUUGGAUAAGUUCUCACGUAUGGAAGCUCCCAUCAUUACCUCCACCCAAACAGCAGGAAUAUGAUCCAACUAGGGGACAGAGGGAUAUCCGAUACCCAAAAGUAGCAGAAUUGUUACAGGCACCGGGGGAGGAUGAAGUCUUGGACUAUGAGGAUUUGGAUGAGGAAAAGUUGUUGGCCUCACCCGUUAACAGUAACAGUACAGCAGGAAGUCCUCGUAGGUCGCCUCGACUCCUGAAAUCUGCCUCUCAUACUCCUGAAAUAAGGAAAGCUCCCACAAGUACGGAGGCCAAGCCCAUGGAAGAGGAAACGGUGGUGACUUGUAGUCCGACCGCGGAUCUCCCUACGGAGGCCCAGUCCAUGGAAGUUGACGGCACGGUUGUGACUGGUAGUCCACCCAAGGACCGUACUUCUGAAUUGCAGGACACAACAGCGGUGAGGGCUUGUAGCUCCACCCUGGAUGUUUCAAGAAUGUCAACUCUCCAGAAAGAGAAAGUGCAAGUGGCAAGUUCAGAAGGGGCUUCUAGCUCUUCUGAGGACCGGUCUCGAUUUCAGUCGGCGGGUGCGCGUCCGAAGACUUAUAGUCGUCGCGAUGUGGAGGAGCCCGUUCGCCAUGUACCGAUGAAGAACCCGGAGUACUCUGUACGGACAUCACUCCAGACAGGUGCAAGGUCAGAAGGGGCUUAUAGCUCUUCUGAGGAUCGGCCUCAUCGGGUCCAGUGGGCGGACUCACGUCCGAAGAUUUAUAGUCAUCGGGAUGUGGAGCCUGCUCGUACAGUAAAGAUAAAAAACCCGGAGUACCCAGUGGGGAUUUUGAAAAGGAAUUUUCCGGUAGGAAAGGGAGAAGAGUUGGUAAAUUCCAUGCCAGUGCUUAAAAGGGUUAAGACCUGCGAUCUCCUUGCCCACGCCAAAGAGAAGGCUGAAGAGCGCCGGGAGGGGGAGAAGAAACGUAGGAAUCGCGGGAUGGAAAAGACAUGCUGGGUGCCGGGUUGUAUGGAGAGGGCGAAGUAUUUAAAAGCCCAUGCUUUUAUUGUGCACAUCCCUUCCAUAUUCAGCGAAACGCUGGAUUCUACUGAUGAGCGAUUACUCAGAGGGAGGAGGAGUGCACUUAGUCAGGCGGGAAGAUGGCUUUUAGGUAAACCAGUUACGCUGGAUGAGUUGGUGGCGUUUGUUGUGGUGCAGAAGAUGCUGAGCACACUGGACAACACAUCAAUCUCGGAGCGGCAGGAGGCAGCUAUGAAGGAGUUUUGUAAAUUCCUUCAUGAGCCUAUUCCAGAGAAAGUUACCUUGGUACCGUGCAACUCUGUUGGUGCGCUACUGCACUGGAAGGUCUUGUUACUCCUUGCAGCUAGUUUAUCAGAGGAAGAGAGGGCCUAUUGGGUACUUAACUUCCAGGCCCCUGAAGAUGCACAGCCGGUUGCCGAGGCCAUACCAAUCCAGCCUAAGUAUCCUGAAGCGUUUGACGCCCAUUACCACCUUGACAGGACACUGUACAGGUUACAACUUCAGCAAGGGGGAAUGCAGGACAUGAUGGAUGCAGUUCCGGUAGAGGAGAGUAGGCGAACAUCCCUUGUAGGGGGCGUCUCUAUCUACUGUGACCCAGAAACCUACCCGACGGAUCAGCACCUGCGUGAUUUGCCGCAAUACAUCUCCGUUGGGGUGGGUAUCCAUCCACGUCAUGCGCGUUAUAGCGUUGUUCGGGUUAAUCAGGCAGUGGGAAGGUUCCAGAACCUGUUAGCGAAUCCUCGCGUGGCGGUUUUUGGGGAGGUUGGACUUGAUCACUCAGAGCCCAUGAAGUACUGGGCAUAUCAAGUCGAGAUGUUGGAGAAGAUGUUACCGUUCUUGGAAGAUAGACAUGUGCUAGUGAUUCACUGCCGUGGAAUGGAGGGGGAUUGCGGUACAGAAGCGUUUCUCUUGCUCCUCCAUGUCCUGAAGAGGUAUGUGCGGAUGCAUCAUCCGAUACAUCUGCAUUGCUUCACUGGCAACAGGUAUGUCCAGGAUCGGUGGCUAGAGAGGUUCCUAGGGACAUACUUUGGGUUCACUAACAAGGUGAGGACAUUCUCUCCGGACCAGAUCGCGGCACUACAAAAUGUCGAAGAUAGUCGCCUUCUCCUGGAGACGGAUGCUCCUUAUUUUCCAGCACCUGGAUCCAGAGUAUCGUCACCCAGCCAGAUAUCCACAGUGGCCGAGGCGGUGGCAGCACUUCGAGGAACUACUGUGGAACAUGUGUUGGAAAUCUCCGUGGCCAAUGGGAAACAUCUGUACCAGUCCCAGUAGAGGUCAGUCAGGCUUUAAGCUCACUGGUCCUCAUUUAGCGGGUUCCAGCUGGGUUUAUAACUCGCCGGAUACUUACAGUGUGAAGAAUUAAGCCUUCUCCAAGAAAACACUUCAUCUAUUGGUUUCCAGCUGGGUUUAUAACUCGCCGGAUACUGACAGUUUGAAGAAUUAAGCCUUCUCCAAGAAAACACUUCAUCUAUUGGUUUCCAGCUGGGUUUAUAACUCGCUGGGUAUUUAUCCAAUCCAGUAAAGUAGCAGUCAUUGGGUCUGUGGCUCAUGACUGAAAAAGCAACAAAAUCCAAGCAGUUGCGACCAAGAAGACGGCCAGAAGUAGGGCUAAGAGCUCUAAUUGGGAAAAUCCUGACCACGGACUAAGGUAGUGAAAAGCAGUACUUGUGAGAAACCCGCAUCUGGUAGAGGGACCAUCUCUGUGGAGCGACUUGUAGUUGCUGACCCCCUCAUGCAGAUAACCCCCAGUCUUGCCAGGUCCACUAAAGCGUGUGAAGAAACUGUAAUUUGAUGAUGAAACAUUUCCAGUGCCAAGUUCUCCUCACUACAGACAGACAGAUUACAUGUAGAAAAACUAAACAGAUAUCUGACUCUAAUACACAUGAUAUGGAUCUGCCAUCAACAUCAACAGGUUAUGAAUAUGAUGAGCUAGACUGUAAAGACAGCAGCAACAUAAUGACGGACUUGAAAGACAAAGUAGAGACAUCUGAAAAUCUUCAAAACUUUCAGUACCACGAGCUGCAGGAUGUUACUAACACUUUUGCAUCUACAUCUAACAUUGAAAAUACUGCUGACAAAAUGGAUAUGGUCUAUGCCGUGCAAUUUUGUACUUCAAAGGUUCUCAUGGAAGCAGAAAGCAAAUGACUCUUCUGAACAUUCUAACUGGUGAACAUUCCAAUAGUGAAACUCAAAUACAAUCUGAUGUGGAACAGUUGUUGAAUACACUGGUUUUCAUGAGUGUGGAGGGAAGUGCAGAAACAGCAAUUGUUGGAACAAUGCCUAACAGGCAUGGACAUGCUGUUUUCCAGUAACUGAUGUUGUUCUUGUCUUGACAUAGUCUAAGGACCUGUACAGUGUUUCUGUAAUUUGUUCCUAUUAUAGUGGUAGAAUUUGCUUGUGAUGUUCAAAUAGAAUAAGAUGUAUAAGAUGUAUGAUCAAUAAUACGUAUAUGUAUAUAGUAAUGAAAUGCAGGGUCAAGUUUGA